CUGGAGCAUGCGCGGUGCGAUCGAUGGCCUUGUGGAAAGAGGCGCCUGUUUGUGCGGAGAAGCGGAGUCAGAGCGAGAUGGUGGAUGGGAGGAUUUGGAAACACUUUGUGGAUCCGCAAACCCUGAGGAAUAAUUGUCAGCUCCUGGUUUGCAGCUGCGGGGCUUCUCCCUCCCGGGAACAGGCCCAAGUUAACGGCCGCCAUCCUGGGUCAGCGAGUGGAGGAUGGUUCACAUCAGAGGAUGGGGGAGGGGGGACAAUAAAUAAGAGGUUACACUUUGGGCACAAAUCAAUGAGGAAUCUGAUCUGUGGGAAAGAAGGAAACCCUUGGAGGUGGGCGGGGAGGAUUCAGAAACACCCGCUGGAGGCCCCAAACUCCCAAUAAGACUCAUUGAUUUUAUUGUCAGUCUGCAGACAGGAGCUGGAGAACUGAACCCAGGCAGAGGAGAGGGAGGGAGAAAACUGGGAGUGGAGGAAAGAAAUGGUGGAGAUGGUGAGAUGGGUUUGGAUUUCAGCCCAGGGAGGAGGGAGAGUGUGUGGGACGGGGAUUUACAGCUUUGGGGAAACAAGAGGGGAAAAAGUGUUCCACAGAAACUAGAAUUGUACCCGAUAUCUGCCUUGGAUUUAAAGUGAUGACUUGUGUAAUCUCCUUAUAAAGGAUAAUAUUAGGAGAGGAUUUAUGGAUAGAAACUCAAACCAAACUUCAUGUCAAGAACUGACGGUCAGUUAGUUGAUCAGGACCUGAAUAUCAGGCCUUUGAAUGUGAAAGGAGAGUCUGCUCUGUCUGUGGGAGAAAAUUUCAAACAUCAAUGUGACUGGAAAAGCACCAAGACACACUGCCCUCCCCCUAACCCCCUGAGUGACAGCAUUACAGUGCACUGACUGUGGAAGGGGUUUUAGCAAGUUACGCAGCCUGAACAAACAUCACACCAUUUCCAGUGGGGGAGAAACUGUACACAUGUUCUAUGUGUAGAUGAGGCUUCAACUGAUUGUCCAGCCUGGAAAGACACAAGUAUACUGGUACCAUGGAGAAACCGUGGAAAUGCGAGGACUGUGGUAAAGGAUUCAGUUAUAGAUCCCGGCUGGAAUAUCAUCGACGCAGUCACACCUGGGCCGGCAUAGUGGAAAAACAAUGGAAAUGUGAGGACUGUGGUAAAGGUUUUGAUUAUCCAUCCCUGCUGGAAAACCAUCGACGCAGUCACACUGGGGAGAGGCCGUUCAUCUGUUCCGUGUGUGGCAAGGGAUUUACUCAGCCUACCUGCCUAAUGUUACACCAGCGAAUUCACACUGAGGAGAGGCCAUUCAGCUGCACUUCCUGUGGAAAGAGGUUCAGGUCUUCAUCUGACCUCAAUCAACAUCAGCGAGUUCACACUGGGGAGAGACCGUUCACCUGCUCCAUGUGUGGGAAGGGAUUCACAAAGUCAUCCAACCUGGUUACUCAUCAGCGAAUUCACUCUGAGGAGAAGCCAUUCAACUGCACUUCCUGUGGAAAGAGGUUCAGGUAUUCAUCCACCCUCGAAGAACACCAGCGAAUUCACACUGGGGAGAAGCCAUUCACCUGCUCAGUGUGUGGGCAGGGAUUUACUCAGUCAUCCAGCCUGGUGAGUCAUCAGCGAGUUCACACUGGGGAGAGGCCAUUCAGCUGCACUUUCUGCGGGAAGAGUUUCAAGCAGUCAUACGCCCUUGUUGAACACCAGCGAGUUCACACUGGGGAGAGACCAUUCACCUGCUCUGUGUGUGGAAAGAGAUUCACUGUAUCAUCCACCCUUAAGUCACACCAGCAAAUUCACACUGAGGAGAAGCCAUUCAGCUGCACUGACUGUGGAAAGAGGUUCAGGUGUUCAUCUGCUCUCUUUGUGCACCAGCGAGUUCACACUGGAGAGAGACCGUUCACCUGCUCUGUGUGUGGGAAGGGAUUCACUCGCUCCUGCAGUCUAGUGACACACGAGCGACUUCAUAAGUGACUGCAGGAGUUGGAUUUUGCUCAUUUUGCUGCUGUUAAUCACACCCUGGAUUGAUAGUCUGGGUUUGUCUCUGCUGAUGUUAACAAUCCCUCUAACUGGCUGGAGUUUAAUAUUCUGGAGAUGUCACUGUUUUUCAGGGUUGCAAUGUCCCUUUUUAAAAGCACCAUCAGUGAUUUUUCCCUUUAACUCAAGAACUCUCACCAGGAACUAUAAACAAUAAAAUUGUGAACUUUUACUUCAAUCCAAAAUUGAUCUUUGGUGCAAACUCUACAAUUCAGUAUCUGGAAUGUUCCACUGAUUAACAUCUCUAAUCAGAAAAUGCUGAUUAAUCCUUGCUGACAAUUCCGACUUUCUUGCACAUUACUUACAGUGACAACUUCAUUCUGAAAUUAAAUUAUCAAGGAACUCUCAUGAGACGGACACCUCUCAAUCUCCAUUUAACUAUUUCCCGCAGCUUCCUGUCAUGGUUGAGUUGGACAAGCUGAAAGACAGCCGACAAGGAUGGAAUUCCAGCUAAAAUUCUCAAGCAUAGCAACUCCUGUUUACUGCUAUAUCUUAAUGAUUUCUUUCUUCUCUGUUGGAAGAUAGGAUCCAUUCCCAGGACAUGAGUGACACAAAAAUCAUCAUCAUACGCAAGACAGAGGAGAUUGCAGCAAGACCUUUGUCCAUCAAAUCUCCUCAGUCUCAUCCACUCCUUUCAUAACAACACACCCUGUACUGUACAGUUUGAUGGCUCCACUGACAGUUUCAGGGUGAAGAAUGGACUGAAACAGGGCUGUAUCCGAGCCCCCACUUUGUUUGGUAUUUUCUUUUCCAUGUUCAUGACCUUGGCCUUCCCUGCAGACAUGGAAGGAGUUUCCCUGCAUACUCGAUCAGAUGGCAAACUCUACAACCUGUCCAGUCUGAAAGUGAAGUCAAAAAAAUACAGCCUGUCUCGAUCACAGACCUCUGCAACAGUGAUGAUGCCAUGCUAGUGACUCACACAGAAACUCAGCUACAAAGACUCAUGCACUGUCUCUCCCAUGUCUGUAACUUGUUCUCCCUUGCUGUAAACAUCAAGAAAACUGUGGUUUGGGGACAUGGUCUCACAUCUCCAAUCUAAAUAUCACACUAAAUAACACUCCGCUGGAAGUGGUCAGUGAAAUCUAUGACCUUGGGUCCACAGUGACAGACAAUUUAUUUUUCAAUGCAGAGCUCGAUACACAUGUAGGGAAAGCAGCUCCACCUUUGGCCAACUCACGAAUCGUCCAUGGAAUAACAUCAAGCUGCCUCUCAGCACCAAGAUGCUGGUUUAUGAGGCCUGUGACCUCAGCACCUUGUUAUCUGCCUGUGAAACAUGGACGAUUUACAGUGAUCAGGAAAGGAAGCUCAACAACUUUCACCUUCGCUGUUUGAGGCACAUUCUGGGCGUCUCAGGGACAGAAUCAGGAAUGCGGUUGUCCUCUCAAAGACAAAUCUCCCAAGUCUGCUGGCUGUCAUCAAGCAGAGGUGACUUCACUGGCUCGGUUUGGAGUUUCGAUGUCGCUGUUUUUACCCAAGGUUCCGUGCGGAACUGAACGUGCCCUAUUCACCCAGCAGGAGCCCAGUGCGCAGGCCCAUUGCCCAGUCUCUGGAACAUGCGCAGUGUCACUGAUCAGCGUCAUGAUGCAGACGGUUUUGGAAUCAGCGCCAGGAGGUCGUGUCGCAAUCGCAACGGGUGAAAGAAACAGCCGAGUGCAGGAGAGGAAUGGAGCGGUCUGCCAACGGGUUGAUGGGCGAAGAUACUUCAUAAACACCUGGCGCAGACCUUGAGGUCCUGGCUACUGAGGAGGUUGGAGUUCAGAGGUCGCGGCCAAUGG